GUGGCAAAUCUGGUCUCUCUAUCUCUCUAACUCAAAGUAACCAUUUUCGUUUCCAACUCCUUUAACAUAACGCCAAAGGAACGCUCUCUCUGCUCCAUCUCGCUUCCAUUUUCCUUUGCCUCUGCCUGUUUGGUUGCUGAGAGAAAAAAAGUAGAAAGUUUCAUCCUUUUUCCAUUGCUCUGAGAUUGGCUGAUGUCGCAGCUCUAAAGAAAAGAGAUAAAGAUGGGUUCAUGUGUUUCAGUUCAUAGGAGUCCUGGAGAGUCACCAAUGAAGCUUGAACUUUCUUUUCAGUCUAAAACAGAUAGCCUCCUCAUCCCACCUUCACCUGUUAAGGAGAAACCUUCUUCCAAUCCUCACUUUGCUCUCAAAUCUCCUUAUUCUUUCAAAUAUUUUGGUAGUAAAGAGGAAACCUUUUUCGAUUCCGGGGCAUAUCUAGAAUCGGAUUGUGAAGAUGAUUUUUUCAGUGUCAAUGGUGGUAAGAUGAUUUUAACUGUUCGAAUUAACUCGUCUAGCAAGCUGAUCUUGUUAUAUCAUCCAAAUGUUGUACAUUCAUGUGCAGAUUUUACUCCGUCUCGUGGUAAUACCCCCGUUCAUCAUAGCUUCUCCGUGGGGACCCCUCGAGUUAACAAGGGUACCGUGGAUCGAUCGCCAUUGUUGGUUUCCGAAACAUCCCCGACAGGAAAGAAAAGGAAACUCCUCGAACUGUUUCAGGAGAGCGUUAGAGAAAACGGGGACGACAAUAACGAGCUAAACACCUCGAGCAACCAGGAUAUAUCCAAUGAAACCCCUCAUGUGUCUGGAGCUAACUCUCUUUGCAGUAGCGAAAGGACUCCUAAUGGAGAUAAGACUACGUUCAAGGAGAAGCCAUUCAAGUCCAUGCAGUGUUGCAUUCCAAGCUUUGUUUCAUGCAGUAGUUUUAAUGGGAGGAAGAAGAAGAUGAGCCCUGCGAUAUCUGUAAAUGAUGAGUCCUAAUAUCCAUCAAUUUACCGACGCAUAGGUCGAUGAAGAAGGGUUCCGGACUUCCCUGCACAUAGGUCGAUGAAGCCUAAGCCCUAAAACAUGUGGGUAGUUAUGCGGUGCGGCGCCUAAAAAAGGCUAAUAUACGGCGUGAACGGUUAAACAAUUGACCA